CUUUAAGUUAAGAGUGAUUUCUCAGUGUAAGGUAUCAUUCGGUGCCUUUAAAGAUACGGAUGCCAUAGCAGAUAAGAACGCGUAGUAAACAUAACUUAUAGAACAAGCAAAAAGGAAUACGAUCUGGGGGCGUCUCCGGAAUCUUUGAUCAACAUACAACGAUCGGUGCUUUAUUCUACGUGCCUACUAAGACGCCGAUCCAAUCGCUGUGAAACUGACUUGUUUACGACGAUCGGCCCUCCGCGAAUGACGUCAGAGGACGAUAGAACAAUGGACACACGAGCGGUGGUUGACGUUGUUACAAAAGCGUUCGACACGACGCUUUAUCAAUUCAGUAACUGCAACCCUGUUAGCGAUAAAGUUGUUACGAGCCAAGAACGAAACGAACUACUUCGUUUUCAGAAGAGGGAUAAUUUUAGUAAACGUUCUGAUUCGGAAUAUAAGCCUUCAGCUAUUCCUACAAAAGAAAUUAUAGGAAAAAUGACAAAAGACGUCCUGAAAGACAAAAUUGAAGCAAGCUCGCCUAUUUGUAUACCGACGCUAAAGGUUCAUCGUGUUGAAGAGAUCCAUGAAGAUACGGAAUUUCAGCAAAGUACAAGUCUGGGCGGGUCUGUUGGCGAUAGCGUGUACGACUCGCCCACUUUGCCCCGCCCCUCAAACGACUUUAAGCACGUGAUGAUAAAAUUACGACACACUAGUGACAUCCAGCGGAUCCGCAGCUGCGAGAAUGUAGGGGUUCAUGAAAGCAGCGAUGGAGAAUCUUGCGCGAGUUCAGUGGACCUGUCGUCUUCCUUGCCUCACACAACAAGCGUGGUACGAAAGCGGCGAACGGUUCGGUUUGACGAGGCAACGAUCACAGUGGCGGCGGAACUCGGCGAAUCUGCCGCUCGUUUCCGUUCGCGAUGUCGGAAAAAGCGGAACAAUAACGCAAGUUGUGCAGCUAGAUUUGGGGAGAGUCGAAAUAUCAGUGUACUCCAUGAUGAAUCAUUGUCGCCGAAAAACUCGCCACAACUGUCGCGGUCAUCACCAGAUUCGGGAAAAUCUAUCUUUGAUGUAUGUAACUAUUCCCCGUAUGGACGAUACACAUGAAUACGUGGCCUAUGAUAACGUGGGAGCACGACGUUCUGCAGCACCAGACGGAUUUUCAUCGGAACGAUUCGUGGAAAGGCAAAUGCCCCAUGAUAUUAUAGCUGACGUGUAAUGCAUACAAAAGUAGCUUAUAUAUCCACUUAUUUAAGACGACGUGUUGAAAACAUUUGAAACAUAACACGUAUUGGAAGAUAAACGCUGCCGCGCAUAAACUUCACACGGACUAUAAAAACGUCAUUUUUUGCCUUUAUUGCAACCAAAUGCAACGCCGUAGUGGUGUCUUAAUUCAUUUAAAUAACAUUGUUGUUUUUUAAUCAUUUAAUUGAUUUCUGUCGCCUCAAGCUGUAAAAAGGUCGCGGUUUUUACCCACAUUUCGAGAUUUUACCUUGUAACUUUUAUUCUGCCGACGACCGAAGAUGAAACUGUGCAAUGUUGUGUUUACUGUGAGCUCCUUAGUUUAUGCGAACACCUUGAUUUGCUUUUUUGUACCACCCUUUCAAAGGGACACUAAAUAAAACGAACCCAUCAGGUAUA